CUCCAUCGAUGCGGCUCGAGCUCCGCAUUGAAUUGAGUUCGGGUUUUCGGUUCCCAACUGAUAUGUAGCUUAUAUAUAUACGUUUUCGGCGAGUCAACCCUGGACUGGACGCCUUCUAGGCAUCCCCCCGCGAAUUUCGCCUCGUACUCCCCUCCACUGAUAAUCGGCCAACAUGUUAUCCUUUCCAGACAGCCUGCGUCUCCCCACAGCUAGGAUACCACUCACAACUGAGAACUUCGUUUCUGAUGUCCUUCCACCAGUUAUAUGUUACUUCGCCACAGCUUUUCUCGUCCAGCAGCCCCAAACGCAGCCAGUUCGCAUUGCGUUAUGGCCCAUCACGGCCAUCCUCGCAUUUCGCGCUGCAACAUCGCUAGAUAUGUGCAUGGGGCAACCGAAACUUCAAUUUUGGAACAUCGACCUUCAAUUAUCCAUGUUUUGUAUUGCAGCACGCACCCUUGAAUGGACGGUGCAGACGAAACCCUUUAUUCGUGUGGCUCAGCGAUCGUCAACCGAUGUACCAAAGCCUAACUCCGUGCUUGACCCACUCGAUUUGGCAUGCAGCCUUCGAGGUUAUGGCUGGGACUGGUCGCAGGGACUUUACGUCCCGCCCGAGACGCAUCCUACAUCCUCACGAUUGGCCUUUGCCACAUCCACCCUCGUCUCCGGUCUAAAACACUCAUUUCUCUGCGGCGCGAUUCAUUCUGCCAUACAAUCUUUCUCACCACAUACAUUCGGCUCUGUCGAUGGCGGAACCAUCUUCGACGAAUCGCUUCCCCUGCACCUCCGUUAUCUUCGAUCAAGCAUCAUAGCGACCCUAUGCGCAUUCGGCGUCUAUUCAGUACUCAGAGCCGGUUACGAGCUCACCGCAGUUCUUGGCGUACUGUUAUUUAGGCAACAUCCAGACCAAUAUCCCCCCUCAUUCGACUCUCCCUGGAGUGCCACCUCUCUCAGAGAAUUCUGGAGCCGACGUUGGCACCAGUGGUUCCGCCGGUCAUUCAUCUUCCUCGGUGGACGCCCGCUUUCUCUGCUCUUCGGACGCGUCGGGGGCGUCAUAGGCGCGUUCCUCGCCUCUGGGUUCUUUCACCACCUCGCACUACUCGCCAUCGACCCUUUUUCAGAGUUGUGGCGCAUGCUGCUGCCAUUUGGAAUGAUGGGCGCUGGGGUGGUCCUCGAGCGUGCUGUUGCGGGAAAUAAGACGGGUGGCUGGCUGGGAUGGAUGUGGACGAUGUGCUGGCUGGUGUUGUGGGGAAACGUGAUGGCGGAUGGGUGGGCGAGGGCUGGGAUGCUUGGGGGGUCGAGCUUUUUGGAUAGUGCGACGCCUGCGAGGCAGCCGAUCGAGCGGCUGGUGAGGACGUUUGAUGAGUAUCUACACACAUGUUAGCAGAGAAUUGCAGUAGUGGAAGUUUGCUGAUUCUGAUCGAGUGUUAUGCAGCU